AAAAAGUACAAAACUUAUAUGGACUGUAAAAAUAUAUAUACGAGUACAUAACUCUAUAAAAACAACAAUAUCGCAGCAAAUACUAGUUAUAAACAAAUCAAUAGUAUAAUACACUAAUUUUACGCUCAUAAAAAAUUAAGGAACAACGUGUAUGAAAGAGAAAUGUGGAUUUCAGCAAUGUUAUAUGUCGGCGUUUUAUCACUUCAGAUAUCGAAAUUUUUAGAUAAUUGUUGCUAUUUUUUUAUUACAAUCACCAAAUGGCAUAUUACAAACGACAAUAGCGUAAAUAUGCCGACGAAGCCUAUAUAGCACAUACGUGUCUACAUAAAAAUUUAUGAUCAUUCGUACAUGUGUUAUUUUUGCAUAGCAUUUUAUUAUUUGAGCUUAGUGCCAACGAAUCAAAACUUCAAUUCGACGUGAAAGUCGGUGGUUGAAAGACGUUAACUAGUGAAGCCGCAAAAUCAAAACACGAGCGACGCGGAAGUGAAAAGUGCCAAAAAUUCGAUCUCGAAAGUUUUACAAAACCUGUAGAUCGUACAGGAUCUCAGGUCAUUUGUGUGUUGAAUAGUUAAUAUUCGCAAAACAAAUGGAAAAUCCGAGUAACUUGUGAACAAGGAUAACGAUAAAUGUUGCAAAUUUUGUAAAUUAUUAAAGUUAAAGAAUCUCUAAGGAUUAUUUGUGUUGAAAAGUUGAGCUAAUCUUUGUGAAAUUACUAAAACGAAAUUUACCAAAUUUGUGUGAUUUUGUGAAGUGUAAGGAGAAAUUUGUUGUUGCCGGUAAAAUUUUUGGAAUUUGAAAGCCAAGAUGGGUUUCAAAUCCAAAUACCACAUCGAUGUCGAUUUUGAGGUACCGAAAAAACUCAAUUGGUAUUAUGCGCCACUUUUCACCGCUUUCUGGUUGAUACUCUACUUGGCCAUAGUGCUCACACAAGUUGUACGUCUACCCACACCGCUUAUGCUGAAUGAUGAGGCCGCACAUCCCGAUUCCUAUAUAGCCGAACGUGCUGAACAAAUUCUAGUCAAGCUAGGCCGUCUCGGACCUAAGGUGGUAGGCAGUGAAGCGAAUGAGGUAAAAGCCGUCGAGCUAUUGGUCGGCGAAAUCAAUAAGGUUAAGGCACAAAUGAGCGAUUACUUCGAACUUGAAAUCGAUGUACAAGUCGUGACCGGUUCAUAUGUACAUUGGACCAUGGUGAAUAUGUAUCAGGGUGUACAAAAUGUGGUGGCCAAAUUAAGCGCGAAAAACAAUACAAGCGAAAAUUAUGUACUCAUAAAUUCGCACUUUGACAGCGUGCCUGAUAGUCCGGGUGCUGGUGAUGAUAAUUCGAUGGUGACAACAAUGCUGGAGGUGUUGCGAGUUAUCGCCAAAUCAGAUGGACCACUUAAACAUCCAAUUGUAUUCCUCUUCAACGGUGCUGAAGAGAAUCCACUGCAGGCAUCACACGGUUUUAUAACACAACAUAAAUGGGCCAAGAAUUGCAAAGCCUUAAUAAAUUUGGAUGCUGCUGGUUCAGGAGGCCGCGAAUUGCUCUUCCAGUCCGGACCUGGUAAUCCAUGGCUCAUGAACUAUUAUCGUCGAGUGCCACAUCCUUUUGCCAACACCUUGGGCGAGGAACUGUUUCAGAAUGACUUUAUACCAUCCGACACAGAUUUUCGUAUUUUCCGUGAUUAUGGCGGUGUACCAGGUUUGGAUAUGGCUUAUACCUACAAUGGUUAUGUCUAUCACACGGAGUUUGAUCGCUUCAACAUCCUGCCGAAGGGUUCUCUACAAAAUACCGGCGAUAAUGUCUUACACUUGGCCAGAUCUAUAGCUAACGCACCGGAAAUGGAAAAUCCAACAGUCAAUGCUGCUGGACAUGUUAUUUUCUACGAUUUCCUCGGUUGGUUCAUACUCUUCUACUCGCUAAACACCAGCAUCAUCGUGAACAGUGUGGUCUGUGCGAUAGCUGUUUGUGCCAUAGGUGUCUCGCUCUUCUUCAUGUCAGCACGUUCGGGUCUUGGCUGGUUGGCGAUUAUACGCCGCUAUGCACUCGCAUUUGCCAUACAACUACUUUCACUCUCAGUGGGUGCAGCUAUUGCCGUAAUUAUUGCAUUAUUUAUGGAUGGCGUUGGACGCUCUAUGACGUGGUUUAGUCAAACAUGGUUAAUUUGUGGUCUCUACUUUUGUCCAAUAUUUUUCUGCAUGGGCUUCUUUCCGGCAUUGUUCUUGGAGCGUACAAAAAAGGAUCUCUUGAGUUUGGGCUUCCGUAUUCAACUUUUCAUGCAUUCACACUGUCUAUUGCUAAUUUUGCUAACGAUCUUCCUUACCGCAUUCAAUGUGCGUUCGGCUUUCAUGUUUAUGCUUGCUGUGCUAUUUGACAUCGCAGCUCUGAUCAUUAACCUAAUUACAAAAUGGCAUCGUAAAGCUUAUUGGUUCGCCAUUGCCGUGAUGAUUUGCCAAGUCUUGCCGUUCAUAUACUAUACCUCAACAGCACAUGAAAUUUACUUUACGAUGAUACCGAUGAUGGGACGUUCAGGUUCAGCUUCUAACCCGGAUAUUAUUAUUGCUGCUAUAGCAGUCUUCUUUGGAUGCCUAUUCGCUGGAUUCAUAAUGCCACUCUAUAUGUUCUUCCGCAAAACGCGUACGAUCAUGCUUUGUUUCUUGGGCGUCACAGUAGUCUUCAUAAUACUAGCGGUCACACCAGUUGGUUUUCCAUAUACACCGAAGGUCGCGGUGCAACGUUAUUCGCUACUCCAUGCGAAACGUGUACUACAUAAUGCCGAUGGCAGUGAACGCCUCAAUGAAUCGGGCGUUUAUAUAUAUUCGCAGGACAGACGUACACACAUGGCGGAUGACAACAUAAAAAGUAUUGGCGUAAAACAUAAAGUCAGUGACAUCUGUAAUGAUGAGCUCUACUGUGGCCUCCCCAUAUACAAUCAUCGUUGGCACAAGGCGAAAGAACACAGCUUUUGGAUACCCACCGAUGAGGAGCCCAAUAUACCUGGCGAAAACCCUAAACUAACGCUGACAGCCAAAACUGAUGGGGACACAGCCAAUACAAGCCGUUAUAGCUUUACGCUCACCGGUCCCGAUCACAUGACAAUAUUUAUUGGCCCAAAAGCACCAGCUAAAAUUGUUAAAUGGUCUUUCAACGAUACAAUGAUACGUGAUAAUUGGGAACCACCCUACUUCAUCUACUACUCAUAUGGCAAAGAUAACAGUCCAUUAGAUUUCUACAUUGAUUUGGAGACUACAAGCGUUAACGCGAACACACCAAAUUUGGAAAUCGGCAUAGGUGGCCAUUAUAUACAUCAGACACGCAUACGUACCGAUGGUUAUGAAAAGUUCGUGCAAAGCUUCCCGAAUUAUGCUUAUGUAUCAGACUGGCCGGCUUUCUAUGAAAGUUGGCUAUUUUAAAAUGUGAAAAACUGAAAAAAGCUUUUGAAAAGUCAUGCUUCAAAUAUGCUAAUCAAUGUAUAUGUAUGUUGAACAUUAUUGUUGUUGCACCGAAAAGCAUUUGUAAAGAUACUCGUAAUUUAUGUAUAGUUAUUAACAAGUUUUACUAAAUAAAAUUAAGAAAAAAACGAUACUAGAAUUAUUUAAAAAAAUCGA